UUUGCAUUUCUUUUAUAGAGUGAGUGCAGAUUAGAUGGGAGUUUGAUGCCACUCGAGACUCUGAAUUCUCUUCCCGACGUUGCUCUGGACAAGGUGCAGGUGUCAUCCGAGUCGCCACCGUCGUUCAAGCCUCCUCCUCCGCCAAUAAGACACGCCAGCCCUAAGACUCAAACCAAACGGCCUUCAUCCAAACUGUCCCAAACCAACCUGUUCUUUACCGCCCCCUUCAGGCGGCAUCAGGAAAACCACACACUCAAUCACUCUCAUUUAUCCUGUUCUUCUCACACGUCCCCGUGCACCAUCCACCACACCACCUCCCCCUGCUCUGUCAGUCACACUCCUCCACCCUGCUCUCACCAUCACAGCUCUCCACGAACAUCGUCCUAUCACUCAAGCCCUUCAUCUGGCCGAGAUCUGGUUCAGUUCCUUAUGAACAGGCAGGCAGGGACGCUCUCCCCACACCCCGAGUCUCCAAAUCGCUCUCGAGACGGCACACCAAUGAUCUCUCCCCGCUCCUCUCCUUCCCUUUCGCCUUCACUGCUGAUGCCCGCGCCACCCCCCUGCAGCCCAGAGAGGCUGAAUGGCUCUCCCUCUACACACAGCUGCGGCCCCCAGCAUGCUGAGCCAGAGACCGCAGAGGACAGACCGCAACCCCAGCUGAGAGGAGCCACGCUGUCGCAGCUGUCAGACAGUGGACAGACUCUGAGUGAGGACAGUGGAGUGGAUAUCGCUGAGGCUGGAGGGUUGAGUAAGGACAGCAGCCCGAGACCAGGAAAACCCUCCUUCCAGCAGCUCAUGGGGGACACUCGCAGAGCUGAAGGGCUCGCACAGGCAACCGCAAAACAGGGGAGAGAGAUGAAAAUUCUGUCAUUUUAA